AUGGAGGUAUUAUCUGACAACAACUCUAGGAAAACCGAGCAAUCGCUUCCUCCGAGAAGAGGCCAAGUCAAGAUUUCAAUCGCACGUCAACUCUUUAGAUUUACGGUUUCGAUCGUUUCGUCGUCGUGGAAGAAACGAGAGCCGCCGGCCCCCUCCUUCCACCGCAAACGCCGACGAUCACCGAUUCACCAUUUUGCGACCAUGGAGUUUCCAUCUCAUAACAGCUCCGGAACCGUUCCUCCGAAGAGAGGCCGAAUCAAGAUCAUGAUCGCUCGCGAUCUAGUCAGAUCGGCGAGCUCCAUCGUCUCGCCUCCUCCGAGGAGAAGCCGAAUCAAGAUCUUGAUCGCUCGCGAUCUGAUCAGAUCGGCGACCUCGCCAUGGACCCAGAACUACCACGACGUUGACAGCAAGAGAGGAGGCUAA